GCGGGAGUCGCGGCGGGGGGAGCGGCGGAGCGCGGCCGGGAUACAGGAGCGAUCCCGGAUGGUCACUGCGGGGCCGGGGGAAACCUGAUCGGCUAGAGCGAGGAGGAGGAGAGAGAGAUAGGAAGGGGGGAGAGGAGGAGAAGGGAACGUGGGGGGGGGGGAGGGAGGAAGGGGGAAAAAAAAGAACCCACAAGAAAAAAAAGAAAAAAAAAAAAAAGGAAAACAAACCGAAACAUGUCUUCUGCCUCCCCCGCCACGGACGACAUCGUGAUCGCGGUAGAGAUCAAGGAGGAAAAUGUGAUGGAAAUGCUCUCCGAAGCCCCCGACGGGCCCGCGCCGCCGCCCCCUCCCGCCGCUGCCCAGUUCCCCAUGGAGCAUGCAGGCUCCGCUGCCGCCGGCGAGGAGGGAGCCGCGGAACAGGUACUGCUCCAUACGGAACUCCUGGCCAGGAAUCACCACGCUGCCUCCUCUCCCUCCUCUUCAUCUUCUUCUUCCUCCUCCUCCUCCUCCUCGCAGACCCCCUUGGCUUUCUCCCCGGACCACGUCGCCUGCGUGUGCGAGGCGCUGCAGCAAGGUGGGAACCUGGACCGCCUGGCCAGGUUCCUGUGGUCUUUGCCCCCGAGCGAUCUGCUACGUGGCAACGAGAGCCUGAUGAAAGCCCGGGCGCUGGUGGCUUUUCACCAGGGCAUCUACGCCGAGCUCUACAGCAUCCUGGAGAGCCACAACUUCGACUCCUCCAACCACCCGCUGCUGCAGGAGCUCUGGUACAAAGCUCGCUACACCGAGGCGGAGCGAGCUCGGGGCAGACCCUUGGGGGCGGUGGACAAGUACAGGUUGCGGAGGAAAUACCCCCUGCCCAGGACCAUCUGGGACGGCGAGGAGACGGUCUACUGCUUCAAGGAGAAGUCCCGCAACGCGCUGAAGGAGCUCUACAAGCAGAACCGAUACCCCUCGCCCGCCGAGAAGCGCAACCUGGCCAAGAUCACCGGGCUGUCCCUCACCCAGGUCAGCAACUGGUUCAAGAACCGCAGGCAGCGGGACCGCAACCCUUCCGAGACCCAGUCCAAAAGCGAGUCAGAUGGCAACCCUAGCACAGAAGAUGAAUCCAGUAAGGGGCGGGAGGAUUUAUCUCCCCAUCCACUCUCCAGCUCAUCCGACGGCGUUACCAGCCUCAGCCUUCCCGGCCACAUGGAGCCUGUCUACAUGCAGCAGCUUGGAAACACUAAAAUCGCCUUGAGCUCAUCUGGUGUCUUGUUGAAUGGGAACCUCAUGCCUGCCAGUACCUCUCCUGUCUUCCUCAAUGGUAGCUCGUUUCUUCAGGGACCCAACAGUGUCAUACUCAAUGGACUCAGCGUGGGCACUUCACAGACUGUUACCUUAAAUUCGCCCAAGACUGCGGCGAGUGUUGUGAGCAACGGGGUGUCCAUCACUGACAUACUGUCCUCAUCGUCCUCAGAAGAUGUUAAAGACUUCAAACUCCUUCAGGCUUCGGUCCCCAAUGCCACAGCAGCCUUCAGCCCUAGCAACAUCCCAGUCACUUUCCCAGGAUUGAUACCGAGCUCAGAGGUGAAAAGGGAAGGCGUGGAAACUGCUGCUUCCCAGGAUGGAGGCUCUGUAGUUACUUUUACUGCUCCUGUCCAAAUAAACCAGUAUGGCAUUGUCCAGAUCCCCAAUUCAGGAACAAAUGGCCAGCUGCUGAACGGAAGCAUUGGUUUUUCUUCUCUGCAGCUGCCUCCAGUUUCUGUGGCAGCUUCGCAAGGUAAUGUUUCAGCAAACCCCAGCACAUCUGAUGGAGGAACUUUUACGACUGAAUCCUCAACAGUGCAGCAAGGAAAGGUUUUCUUCAGCCCUCUCACUCCAAGUGCAGUGGUUUAUACAGUUCCCAAUUCGAGCCAGGCUGUAGGAUCUGUCAAGCAAGAAGGACUGGAAAGAAGCCUGGUGUUUUCUCAGUUGAUGCCAGUCAGUCAGAACACGCAACUGAACGUCAACAUGUCUUCUGAAAAUAUAUCCAGUGCAGGGCUCCAGUCCCUGGCCUCCUCCUUAGUGAAUGUAACGCCCUCACACAAUUUUUCCCUCACACCACCAACUCUUUUAAAUGCUGCAGAACUGAGCUCUGGUAUCUCAGAGAGCCAGGCUAUGUCUUCACCCGUGACCAGUACCUCUACAGUGAUAUCUAUCAGCAACACUAACUAUGCAACCCUCCAGAACUGUCCCCUCAUCACCAGUCAGGAUCUCUUGUCCAUUUCCACAGCACAGCCUGUGCUUGGAGAAAUAGUUUCAACCAGUGGAGACCGUGUCAGCCACCCCCCUGCACAAGUGCACCAGGAUUUUGGCAGAGAGCACAGGUUGGUUCUGCAAGCUGUACCUGAUGUCAAAGAGAAUUUCUUACCUAAUUCUGAGAGCAAGUCAACUGGCAAUUUAAUGAUGCUGGAUUCCAAAUCUAAGUAUGUUAUGAGUAACAUGGUUGACACGGUAUGUGAAGAACUGGAAACGGACAAAAAAGAACUUGCCAAACUGCAGACAGUUCAGAUGGAUGAAGUUAUGCAAGACUUGUAGCUUUUCUUUUCUUGAUUUCUGUUUUAAUAGAUAAGUCUCCUGUUGAGGCCCUAUCAAACACCUAGUGGGGGUGUUUGUGGGUUUUUUUGUUUGGUGGGGUUUUUUUUUCAUUUAAAGAAACCAGAAGAACAUUUAAGUGGUCUGAAUCAAUGUACAGAGGAAUCUCCAGCAAUGAAAUUAGGUUGCUACACUUGGUUUGCAUGCAGUAUUCUCUUUUAAGUAGAUUAAAGGAGAAAGAAAAUAGCCAGGGCAAGUACUGAGGAAUGGGUACAGGUUUGGCUACCAGAUACUACCCUGAAAAUUUAACUAGACUCUCCAUAGUGCAACAUACUCUUAACAGUAAGUAUACACUCCUAGCUUCAGAUGGAAAACAAAAAUCUCACUCCAAAAUGGUAGAAACAAUGCAGAUAUUUUUUUUUCUGUUUACUUCCAGUCCAUGGGCAUUGAGAGAUUUCUAAGGAACUCUAGACGAUACCUCUCUGGCUACUUUUAUGUUGUUUGAGGUUAAGAAACAAAACAAAAUCAUAAUAUUGUUACUGGUAUGUUUGCUUUUUUUCCAGCAGACUUGCAUUUAAACCAAAAGUCUCACAUCAAUCAUGUACAGGUUUCUAAAUGCUACAGCUAGCAUUUUGUCAGUGCACCAGAAAAAGCAUCGUUUGAAACUUUAAUUAUGCAAUUCAGAAGCUUUCUAUCCAGUAUGAAUGUAAAUAUUGUUGCAGUUCUUAUAAAGGAGACUUUUUUUUUUAAUUAGUACAAUGGAUUUUAUUUAUGGUUUAUGUUCCCUUUCACUUUAGACACAAUGCAUUGAAAAGGAAAACGUUUUCUGGCUGUUUAAUUUAUUUUAUUGUUUGAGCAGGAAGUAAGCGUAGUUCUGACAAGGUUUUACUUUUUUGUAGUUUUUUUCAAGCAAUAGACUGUAAAAGUAAAAUGUUAAUCACACUGAAACUAGAAAAUUAAUUCCCAGUCUCACAAACCCAGGAGGUCACUGUUUCUACCCCCUCUGUCUUUGUGUUCAGGUUUUUUUUUUUUUUGGUUUGUUUUGUUAGUAAUUUGUGACUUAGUUGAACCCUUUUGUGUAUUUUUUACGGAAUUCCACGUGCCUUUCUUCCUAGUGGCCUUAUCUUUGUUACUAAAGCACAGUGGCAGGAGGAAUAAAAACACUGAUUGGCAAAUAUCCGUCCUCAGGGCCAAAUCCUGAUGCCUUACUUCUGCAAGUAGACCCUCUGAUGUGGGUGCCCCUGCUUGCAUGAGUAAGAAGAGGUUGAGAGUCUUCUGGACUUGGUGGGUGACAUUUCCUGGCAGUGCAGAGAGCCAAGGAUGGGUCCUUCUGCCCCACAUCAGCAGGACAGGAGGGGUCCACAGAGGGACCACAGGGUUGAGCUCUUGGUUCCAUGAGAUGAGCAGGAAAGGUUGGAUGGGCAAGCCAAGGAAGGGAACCCCAUGUUUGCACGUUGGCCAAACAGCCCAUGUGGGACAGCUUCAGCUGCUGUGGAGCAAGGCCCCCAUCCAGGAGUGCAGUUGAGUGUGUGUUUCUAAAUAUCCCCCAGGAGAAGCAGCCUGGGGGCUGUGGUGGGAACUGCAGCAGCCGUGGUCCCUGCCUGGCUGGGGAUGGGUGUCCACACCUUUCUCCCUGGAGCAGGUGGGCUCUGGGCAGGUGGAACAGAUCUUAACCUUUCCUCCAAAGGAGUUUUUGUAGCAUGGAAAAGCACAUCCUUAUAGCUUUAAAAUAAUAAGGAGAAUUCAGAUGUACAAAAGUGACAUGCUGUUAAUCCUGGUGGGUUUGGUUUUGUUGUGUUUUAUCCUAAUGUGAAUAUAUACAGUAACUAAAGCAUGUCUGCAUCCUCAUCAGGGGCCUGGUCCAAAGCCUUUGGAAGGCAAUGGGAAAUGUUUUCAAAAGCUUCUGUGGGCUCUGAAGCAGGCUCAGGACAGAGCAAGAUCACUUGUAAAGGACAAAAGAAAAUGGAAAGGAAAGAUGAUUAAGGUGGCAUAUCCCAGUGUGUUUGUCUUGGUUUUAGCUGGUUCCAUGGAAAGCUUUUGGGGAAUGAAGGUUUUUCUGUGCACCGUGAGCACGGCAUCGGCAUUCUCGUUGUGGUUUUGCACUAUAUUGGGUAUUUUGCAAGGUUUUCUGUGGAUCCUCGAGGCUGAGCUCUGUCAGUGAGUGCUGGAGUCCGUGCUGUGAGCCAGGGCUGCAGGGAAAAGGGCAGGAAAAGGAAAGGAGUGUGCAAGGGGAGCACUUGCAGCUGUACAAAGUCACUGAUUCUCUGCAGGCAGGAGCAGCCCAUCAGCAGUUGGCUGUCCCCACGUGCUCCCAGGCAAACAGGGUGUUUGAGGCAAGUGCUUUAAAGUAGAGAUUAUCACAAGCAGGGCAUGGAGCUGUAUGUUCCCCUGGCACAACUCUCCCUGACGUUCCCUGGAGCUCCGCGUGAGCAGGGAAUCGGAUAGUCCAGAGUUCUCCUCACCACUCUGCUUGUUUAUCUGUUUGCUGGGCCCCAGCAUGAGCAAUCUGUUUGCCACCUCUUCUUCACCCAUGUAACUAAGAUGGUGAUGACAGUAGCUGUAUAUGCUUUGCAUGAAAUCCUUCAGCCAUUUGGAAAAUUAGAAAUACCCCAUAUCGCUGUCAUUUUAAUGGAGAACGCGUACGUGGCUCUGAAGGAGUCGAUGGUGGAUUAACAUUUGGUCGGUGAAGCUCAGACUAUAUUUGGAGGCAAGCUAGGGAAUAUUUCAGAGCAGUUGUUGGUGUGAUCAUCUCUCAUAAUUGAAGAGACUGUGGUGUUACAACAGUACCUGUUACUUUGUUUUUAAUUUUUCCUGCUUUGCAUUCGCUGUGUUACUGAGGCUCUGAAUUCCUCGGCUUUGCAGCACAGUUGAUGUGGAAAACUCUGUAUGUUGUUACAGUGGCACGUUUCUUGGAGUGUCUGGUACUUCUAAUAGGAGACUUCCCACUCUUCAGUUGGAGUGGAGGAUGUACAUAAAAGCAGUGUUUUGGGACAAAGUGAGAUUAAUCUACUCUAGUCUUCCAGAUAUCGAGUAACUUCCUAUUAUCUUUUACUCUCUCUUUCUUUCUCCCAUUGAAAAUAAUUGUCAUUCCCUCCAGAUAACGUAGUUAUAACCUCAUGUUUUCUGCAGGUACAUAUGCACAAUGUAAAGACUCAUUGCACGGUACAGUGUGUUUAAAAUAGAAAUUUAAAUAAGUAGUUUUAUUCCUUACAAGGGUAAGUUUUUAUUUUGUGGCCCUCAGGCAGGCAGGCUCACUGCUCUCAACAGACAGCACUCGAAGCCCCAAAAAGUGUCCAGGGCCAGAUCUUUGGCUGCUGUAAAUAAGGCAUUGCUCCACUGACUCCCAAACCAAGGAUUUUUAUGUGCUGUUUCGGGGAUUUGGAUGCUGGUCUCCCACACAUGGGAAGGCAGUGAGUGUCCAAGCCCCACAGACAGCCCUUAUUAUCACAUUCUGUUGUUUAAAUGGAAGGUAUGUCUACCUGGCAUACACAUUCCUUCUCUUCCCUCCCUCCCUGUUAUGGAUGAGCAUAAAGGAUCAUUUCAACUUCACAUAUGUUUGUGGCUUCUAAGUCCACUGGAAAUCUUAGAGAACACAUUGCCAAAUUCUACUGCUUUACUAGUCCCAGACUCAGCUUUGAAAAAUAUGCCUAAGGAAAUUUUUAACAAAGCAUGAUGUUAAAAACCCCUCUCUUCUUCUCUACUUUUGAUUAAAGCUGCCUCUGUUUCACCCAGAGUUUUGCAGAAAACCAGAAACAUGAUGAAUUGAAUGCUCUGUGUGGACUAUUUGCAGCAUUAUCCCUGUGGUCUUACCUGCCAGGACAUUUCAGCAAUGUAAAUCACAGACAUCCAUUGGCCAGGUCCUCAGCUGGGCUAAACUAGCACAUUUCCAUUGACUUUAAUGUCCUUUUUUGCCAGCUGGGAAUAUGGUCCAUUCAUUUCACUGCUGUCAGGUCAGGGAUGGAUUUGGCCCAGUACACAGUGGCAGCACAAACCAGAGCACAAGGCUGACACUUGGGUAGACCCAAACAGUCACAGUCUAUCAAAGCAUAUACCUCUUCCCAUUUACUGCUUUCCCCUUACCUGUGGAUUCAGGAAGACUCAUUCAGAAAGUGGCUUCACCCAGAGGUGAGCCUGGGACUGUUGUUACUGCUCUCAGUCUGAGACUGAUGACAAUGAUGGACAGGCUCUGACUUCAAAUCAUGUCAAACCACCUCAGUAAUGAUUUUCAAUUAAAUAAAUCAGGGUGGGAUUUGGCCCUGUGUGCACAGGAGCUUUUCAUGUAGAUAGAUGUCCAGUGCCUGUGCACUUUCCUUAGCAAGGGCAGAUGAACAAGAGGGUGCACCCCUCCAGUAUCGUGUGAGAUAUGUGUGCAGGGCUCUGGGGACAUGAACUGCCCAGUGCUUGUGGUCAAGAAGAAUGUCAAAUCAUCAAAAAGAAUAGUGAUUUUAUAAUUCUGAAAACAAAAAAUAAUGAUAUUUUUAAAAGCAAGGAUGCCUGAAGUCUUCCUGUAUCUCCUAGCAGUUAUUAUCUUGAAGGAUAUUUUAUACCUUAGUUGUAUGUUUCAUAUAAUUUAAAACUUGCUUCUUAAAUUUCUGAACUCAAGGAGGGGGUGAAUCUUCUGGCUUUCAGGAUUCACGUUCAGAGGAUGUUUGUUCUUUUGCUGCAUGUACUGUUUGUCCAGAACUAACCAGUUAUUUCUCCAAUAUGGGUUUUAUUGUGCCUUACAACAAAUAUUAAAUUUAAGCGGAAUGUACGUGUUAGAGGAGGGAAUAAUCAAGAACUUUACUGCACUGUUAGGUGAUGCUGCCCCAGAGUGUAUCAUCAAACAUAUCUGUGCUUAAUUACCCAACCAAAGAGAUCUAAACUAUGUAUGUUUGUUGUACUGUAAUAGGGGUUUGUGCCUGGACAAUUAAGUGUUUUAUUUGUAUUCUGAGAUGAUGUGAACUUAUUUUUCUAAACACUAUACUGAAUAAACUUUAUAUUUAUACACA